AAAUGAAACACCACCUGUCCGUCCAACGACAUUCCCCGUGUUGUGAAAUUCAUGGGCUUAUUGUGAAUGCUCGAUGACUCAAGGAUUUCAAAGAUAUAAGUUACAGAGUGAAAAUGUCUACCCCUUCACCACACGACCGCAGCCAACGCCCCGGUGCUGACCAGGAGGAGGACCCUGUGGACCAGAUGAUCAGCAGGACAGGCUGCGGGGAGCUGCACUACGCCGUCCAGGAUUGCAUGGCCGAGCACCAGGACUGGAGGAGGUGCCAGGGUCAAGUGCAGACCUUCAAAGACUGUAUGGCGACCUUUCAAAAGGCCCGGAAGGAGCAGCUGAUGAAACAGGCUAAUGCCCCGCCUACACAGUCAGCUUAAAGCGCUGGCCAGUCAACUGUCCGCAACACCUAGUGUGACUGAAGGGUGACGUGGACUGGCGCGACUAUCCGGUCUCUGUAUAUCUGCAUAAACAAGGAUCCAAACGGAACCAAACAGCGGGGGACCGACCUGAAUUUGUCCCGUUGUAACUUGUUUCUCAGUGCAAAAUGUAACGGUUUGGAAUAAUUACUACAGCACUGCGUGUAAGACUAUGCCCUUAAACAUUGUACCUGUGUCCCGGGUGUUGGGAGCCACAAGCUUCAGAUGGAUCCCUCAGGGAUCAUGGCUGUGACGGAGCUAAUGAUUACUGAGAGAUCACUUCUGGAGCAAGGAAAUCCAGUAGUUACUGACUUCUGUCCCAGUACUCAGUUUUUCCCUCCUGCAUCUGGACUGUGGUAGAUGUCAAUGUCUUAAUCUUGAAUCCAGCAACUUGUGUGUCUGUACAGCACAACAUGGAAAUGUCCAGCUACCUGUGUAAGAUGCAUAGAUUUUUGGGGGUCAGUAUGUGCGUGCCAAGAGAGUGUGAGAUGGGGUCUUCAGAUCAUGCAUUGGCAGGGUUACUAGGCUCUUAUUUAGGUAUAUGUAAUAAAAUGGAUUGUUUAGUUUCA